CUUUUGGAGGGUUGGUGGGGGGUGGUCCUCUUCCUGAUCCGCCCGAGAUCUCCCUUUCUGCUGGACUCCUGCCUGUGGUUAUGGGGGUCGCUCCCUCUCUCCGGGCAGCUUUGGAGCCUGAGGUUGCGCCCUCGGCCCGAGCUCUCCGGUGAGUCCCUCGCUCUCGCUCUAGCAGAUGCCGGUGCCUCGGUGCUCCGGGCCCUGCGGUGGGGUCCGUCCAGCUGCCCUGCGGAGGCCUCGCACCGGCGGGGCGGUCUGCCGAUCCUGCUUCUGCAAUGCGUUUGAGGCCGAGGUGCUGACCACACUGCAGACUGGCCGCCUGCUGCCGCCCGGGGCCAUCGUGGCUGUGGGCGCGUCCGGAGGCAAGGACUCCACGGUGCUGGCGCACGUGCUCCGGGCCCUGGACGCCCGCCACGGGCUGGAACUGGACCUGCGCCUCGUGGCCGUGGACGAGGGCAUAGGCGGCUACCGAGACGCAGCGCUGGCGGCUGUCCGACGCCAGGCUGCCCGCUGGCAGCUGCCGCUCACCGUGGUCGCCUACGCCGAUCUCUUCGGGGGCUGGACCAUGGACGAAGUGGCCCGCCGGGCGGCCCAGGAGCCAGGCCGAGCCCGAGCCUGCUGCACCUUCUGCGGGGUCCUGCGGCGGCGUGCGCUGGAGGAGGGGGCCCAGCGCGUGAGGGCCACGCACAUUGUCACAGGACACAAUGCAGAUGACAUGGCGGAAACAGUGCUCAUGAACUUCCUCCGAGGGGACUCGGGCAGGCUGGCCCGAGGAGGGACUCUGGGUUCCCCUGGUGAGGGGGGUGCCCUGCCCCGGUGCCGUCCCCUCCAAUUUGCAUCCCAGAAGGAGAUCGUCCUAUAUGCCCAUUUCCAGGAACUGGACUACUUCUCGGAAGAGUGUGUCUAUGCGCCUGAGGCCUUCCGAGGCCACGUGCGGGAUUUGCUCAAGGCCCUCGAGGCUGCUCGGCCUUCGGUGGUCCUGGACCUGGUGCACUCAGCUGAGCGCCUGGCCCUAGCCCCUGCUGCACGGCCCCCACCCCCUGGUGCCUGCACCCGCUGCGGGGCCCUGGCCAGCCGCUCCUUGUGCCAAGCCUGUGCCUUACUUGAUGGUCUCAACCGGGGACGACCCCGUCUGGCCAUUGGCAAGGGCCGCAAAGGGUUGGGGGAAGAGGGCGAGGAACAGAGCUGUGCUUCCAAGGACAGGGGACGCCCCAUCCGGGCUGGGGCCAUUCAGGCCUUCUAGAGCCUUACACCAGAGAAAUCCUGGGACUGUAUUGGCUUCUAGGCUCCUCGUGUGGCUUAAGAUUUCUUGAGUGCCGAUGGGUUCUGGUGUCCCUCAUGAGUUUCACUUCUCUGCAUUGAGAGUCUAGGUCCCUCUCAGAAUUCUGGGCUCUUCAGUAGGAUUUAGGCCUUCUCUAGACCCCUCAGCUGGCCUCUGGGUUCCUCAAGGCAGCGUGGAUGCUUUGGAAGAUUGUGUCUUAAAUGGGUUUCUUGGUCUCCCAUAGCUUUCCAUGGGGUUUAGAGCUCUUUGUGAGAUUCUAGAUUUCCUGGGGAAGGUAUUCUGACAUGAGGUCUUGAAAUAAACCUUCCAAGCAUCCAUUGAGAAGCAUCUGAA